UUAUUUAUCAAUAAAGUCAUUGAACCAGACACUGACUCUCUAGCCAAGACAAAUCGAAAAAACGAUUUUUUUAACCUUUUAUAAUUAGUUAGGUGAACUGGUAUGACAUCCCUUGUCGUUGACGUAAUAUUUAAAUAUUCAGAAAAAUCCAUUCACCUAAUGAGUUCGUCUUGUUUAUUAUUUUAUCAUCUAUCUGAACAGUAAAGGUGAUUUAAAUAUCAGACAACAUGGAUGUAGAUUACUCUCAAAAAAGAAAGACUUGGAUAUGAGAAAUUAGUUGCUUGCUUCCAAUUUCUUCUGUUGGUUUCAUCUACAAGCUUUGUUGUUCUUGUUCAAGCUCAGGAACAAUCACGUACGUAACUAAUAGUCUGGUUUGCGUUAACUCUUCGGAUAUUGAAUAUGUGUUCAGCAAGUCCGUCGUCGUUGUUCCCGGAAGACCUUACAGUGAAACCUAUUGUCCAAGCAUUUCCAGCACCAAGCAAUAUAAAUAUUCCCUCAGAUCUACUGCGGGAGAUAUUGUCCCGCCUUGGACUGAAAGCCAACAUACAUGCUUCUCUUGUCUGCAAGACAUGGUUUCAAGUAGCUGUUUCUGUCAGGAAGUUACAGCCUCAUCCUUGGCUUUUUUAUCCACUAAAAGGAGAAGCAAACGGAGACUACAUUCUUUUAGAUCGGCAACGGUCUCAGGCAUACAAGCUUAAUUUUCCAGAUUUGAAGGGCCAUGGAUUCUCUUGUUCUAGGGAUGGUUGGUUGCUUGUGUCCACAAAUUUCCCCUCGUACUUGGUAUUUUUCUUUAACCCGUUUACCCGUGAGUACAUAUACUUACCCGAGGCUGCACCUACGUCAGGCUACUGCUUAACUUUCACAGCCGCUCCUACAUCAAGUAGUUGUUUGGUGAUCUCGCUUAACGAUAGAAGUAUCUGCUCAUAUAUUGAGAUUGCUACUUGGAGACCUGGCGAAACCCUAUGGACCACCCAUCGGUUUGAGAACUUGUUACCCGGUCGUAGAUGGAAGAGUUGUGUCUUCUCAAAUGGUGUGUUAUAUUGUCUCACUACUUUCAGCAACAUUGGGAUUUUCGACCCGUCUAAAGCAACCUGGAAUAUUCUACCAGUGGAACCCUGUCCCGCCUUUUUUCAGGUAGAUUUGGGUAGACGAGUGUUGAUGACGGAACAUGAAGGAGACAUAUCUGUUAUGCUUACAAGCCGCAACAAGAACCCAUUGAUGUUUAAACUAAACCUUAAACGCAAUGCAUGGGAAGAGAAGAGAGAGCUUGGUGGCUUGACAGUAUUUGCAGGCCACCCUACCUCCCUUACAAGAGCUGGUCUCUCGGUGGAGGAGAGGAACAAAAUAUACCCAUCACAUAAUGGGCAUCUCGGUGUGUACUAUUCCCUUGGUACAAUUAGCUCUCGUUUCCCUACGAGCAACUAUUUGUCUAACCGCAUUGCUUGGGUGGAUCCUCCUCACAACAAUUUUAAUUUGUGACUUCAUCUUUUAUGUUUAGUUUAAUAAAAAAAAUAUUUGAGGUUUUA